AGAGCCUGAUAUGUCACUGUUUUGUGCGAACCCUGGCUGCUUUUGCAAUGCGUGGCAGAGUCAAGCCUCGCUGCUUGUGUACGUGUGUGCGCAGCAAGAGCUUUGAAAAUUGAUGAUGAUGGUAAGAUCCUGAACAGGGUAGGCCUAGCUCGUUACUUCAUGAUGAAAAUAGUACAAUUGAAUCUAAGCAGAUUAUGUUGUUGCUUUACAUUUUUAAUAUCACUGUUGAAGAGGGCCAUGUGUUUUGUAAGUGGUCACAAAAGAACCAACAGUGAUCCUGGCAUUCCAGUGAACACUGAUACGUUAAGCAAAAAUGAGAUAGAUUUAGAUUGGGAUGACUGGGGAGAUGGAUCACCAAUCAGCAUCAAGAUAGAUCCCACAAUUCAAAAACCAACCAAUCAAAAUGAAGAAGAGGAGGAGAUAGAUUAUUUUUCUGGUAUGGUUCCAUCAUUCAAGAAACCUAAAAUUAUUCGUAAGAAGAUGGUGGACCAGAGCAUAGAGGUAGCUCCAAAUCAUAGCGCUUUCUCUAAUCGACUUUCUGUAAACUCAUCAGUUGUCUUGCCAGAAAAUCCUGAAUUAUCAAACUGGGAUGACAGCAAUGAAAAUGCCUGGGAUGAGGAGUCUAGUAAUGAUCUAGUAUGGGAGGCAGAUCAAGUCAUAAAACAACAAAAACAAGCUGAACGCGAACAAAGGCUUGCUGAACACCAGCGUAGAAAGCAUGAGAAGGAGAUGCAGAGGGAGUCGCGUAGGGAAGCAAGUAGAUUAGCUGUCAAAUUAAAAUGAUAAACAAUUAGUAUUGUAUUUAAGAAAAAGAAUAAGUGAUUGCCAGGUGUAUCAUUGAUACCAUUUGGAGGGAUGCUCCUCAUAGGCAAAUAAAUGCUUUAAGACAUCACAAUACAAGUAUCAAAGAUCGGCAUGAAAUAGUAAAUGCCCCCUGGUGCUGGACAAUCGGAAAGGACACAUUGACACAGAAUGGAUAUAGAAUGCAAACAUGCAAUUAACAUUUUGUUUUAAUAUUGAUUGAUAAAAUAUUUCCUGUAAUUAUCAUUGCAUUUAUAACUAUAAAAGUUUCAAAUUUAUAAUUUUUUUUUUUUUUUAAAUUAAUUUGAUAUUUAUAAAACACAGUUUGAAGGGAUUUUAAGUUUUUUAUUUAUUAUAUUAAUCUCUGCUUAUUCAUCUUAGGAAACCCUACCUUACAUCAGUGCUUGUAUUGUUUAGUCAAAAAAUAUCUAUAAAUUUGUCUAUUCCUUCUGAUUCUAUACAUUGUUUUAUCUUCAGUAUAUUAGUUGUAUAUUAAAAAGAUAUUAAAUUUUCGAACUGUAUUUAGUUGUCAAGAAUUAUAAACAACUAAAUUUUCCUUGGAGACUUGUACUAUUGAGUUGUGAGUGCACUAUUUGGAUUACCCAUGAGUGUGUGUACACAUGCUUAUUUCUUUUUUAGUCUAAACAAUGAAAAGUUAAUAGGUUGGGAUAUAAAGCUAUAUAUCAGGAAUACGUAAUAAAUGAUGUUUUAUAUUCUA